AAUCAUAAGUCAUGAGUUUAGAUAAUGAUAUAUAUUAUUAUACAUAACCAAAUACAACUACAUUAAACUAUACAUGUUCCAUUUAACUACAAAUGUCACCUUUAUAUAUUGUUAUUAGUACUAUUAAUUAUUAUUAUUAUUAUUUUGAACAAAACUAAAUAAUUAAUUUUAUAAUAUAAAUAUUAAUAUUAUUAUAUAACACUUGGUUAUACCCGUUCAAUUAUGUUACACUUUAUAUAUAUGGAAUCAUCCGGCCAAAGUCGGCUAACAUUAUUGAGAUGGGAAAUGACCAAAAUGCCACUAUGUAUUAUAAGUACUAAUACUAAUCCAGCAAAUUAAUUAAGAGAUUAUUAUUAAAGCUCUCCAAAUCUAAAAUAGAUAACUUCUUUCUUAGUUUUGGACUCAUUAAUUGAGCAUGGGAUCUAUUUUCAGUUGCUGUGGCUCUGAGAAAGUAGAAGAAGGGUCACAAACAAUGGGAGGAGGUAGCAAUACAUGGAGGAUUUUCACAUACAAAGAAUUGCAUAUUGCUACUAAUGGUUUUAGUGAUGAUAAUAAGCUUGGAGAAGGUGGCUUUGGAAGUGUUUAUUGGGGUAAAACUACUGAUGGUCUUCAGAUAGCGGUGAAAAAAUUGAAAGCGAUGAAUUCAAAGGCAGAAAUGGAGUUUGCGGUUGAGGUGGAAGUUCUCGGGAGAGUUAGGCACAAGAAUUUGUUAGGGUUAAGAGGUUAUUGCGUCGGGACUGAUCAAAGAUUAAUUGUGUAUGAUUACAUGCCUAAUCUCAGCUUACUUUCUCAUUUACAUGGUCAAUACUCUAAAGAAGUUCAACUUGAUUGGAAGAGGAGAAUGAAGGUUGCUAUUGGCUCAGCUGAAGGCCUCUUGUACUUACACCAUGAAGUAACACCCCACAUAAUCCACAGAGACAUAAAAGCAAGCAAUGUGUUAUUAGAUUCAGAUUUUGAGCCAUUAGUGGCUGAUUUUGGGUUUGCAAAAUUGAUCCCAGAAGGGGUUAGUCACAUGACCACACGUGUGAAGGGUACUUUAGGGUAUUUAGCCCCAGAAUAUGCCAUGUGGGGUAAAGUUUCCCAAAGUUGUGAUGUUUAUAGCUAUGGAAUUCUUUUGUUAGAGCUUGUAACUGGUAGAAAGCCCAUUGAGAAGCUUCAAGGUGGAGUUAAGGUCACAAUAACUGAAUGGGCUGAGCCUUAUAUAACCAAAGGUAGGUUUAGGGAUCUUGUGGACUCAAAACUAAGAGGUAAUUUUGAUGAGGCCCAAGUUAAACAGGCUGUUAAUAUUGCGGCCCUUUGUGUUCAAAGUGACCCUGAUAGAAGGCCUGAUAUGAAGGAAGUUGUUGGGCUUUUGAAAGGUUGUGAGCCCAAGCCCAAUAAAGUGAGGCAAACUAGGAUGGAGAGCAUUAAGUAUAAGGAUGAAUUGGUAGCCAUUGAUCAAGCCACUGAUGAUGAUGAUGAUGAUGAUGAAGAUGGAGAAAGUAAUGGGUAUGGUGUUUUUAGUGCUUUGGAUGUUCAAAGAAUGAAAGAUCCUUACAAACAUGGAGUUAGAAAAACUACUAAUAAGUUUUGAGAUCAUUUUUUAGUGUUGUGUUAUUGUUAUUAUUUGGUUUUAUGUUUUUUUAAUUUGUUAGUCAUGAACAACAAUUACAUUACAAUUUUUGUUAUGAUGAAUGGGAUGAAUGAACAAUGGUUUUUGGUAACUAUUAAGGUACACAAGUUUCCUUAUUGAUAUA